CCCAUGCUUCACUCAAAAACGUCCACAAUCGGUUCAGUACACUAUUUACCUGAAGAUGGUAAGGACCAAGAACAGAUACAUUGUUGUGCAAAUUGAUGAUCAGGGGGCAAAUGGACAGGACAAGGGUUCUGCAGUAUUCAAAGGGCAGAGCAUCCAGAAUGCAAUCAUUCAUCAUGUGCUGCAGAUGCACGGGGAUUUUGGGUUUGCAGCUGUGAAGGCUGCUCUGACUGUCAAAUACAUAAAUGAGAGAACUCGAAUAGCCAUAAUUCGGUGCAGGCAUGGACCCCACAAGCUUGUCAGCAGUGUCCUCCCAUUAGUGAACCUGUUAGAUACCAAGAGAGUUCAAUUGACCAUCAUCUACACUGGAGCCACGAUACGCCAAUGCCUGAUAUGCAUAAUCAGCUAUCAGCAGAGAAAGUUUGAGGAGUUCUGCAUUGGUAUUAAAACAGAGGAGGAAAAAUGUGAACUGAAGGAACAGAUCAUGAAAUUGGAAAAUCUGGGGAGGAUUUAGGUUCUUAGCAAUAAGAA